AUGCCACCCCAAACUUCCGAAUCACGAUCUCCGAAAUCAGCGCAAGAAAAAUCCACUGCACACUUCCUCAAUCCCAAAUCAGCUAAAAAGCUCGCGCAAAAGCUCGCCCCCAAAGCUCCAGCUCAACCACAACAAAAAUACGCCUCCCUGGAAUACCAAGCCAAGAUCCUCGCCCAAAAACCCAAAGUCAAACUCCUAGAUCCCAAAUCACUAUCUAAAAGACUCUUCGACUCUUCCAUCUUCUCUCGGCUACGGCUUAGCUAUACCCGCCUGCCUCGCUUUGUCAAAAUCCUCGUUCCGCUCAUACCAAUCUCUGGCUUCUUCACUCAAAAUGUCGCGCAGCUAAUGUGGAUACGCGGUCCCUCGAUGACUCCCUAUCUGAACGAAAACUAUGAUCAGGACCAUACUAAAUCCGACUUUGUGCUUGUCAACCAGUGGUCAUGGGGACUUUGGUCCCAGAGAGUGUUAGAACGGGGCAUGGUCGUAACAUUCCGUUCACCGUCUGACCCUACUAAGAUUGCUGUGAAGCGCGUUGUCGGACUUCCGGGAGACCGCAUUCACACUCGUGAACCGUGCCUUAAGCCUUCGCAGAUCGUGCCAUUCAAUCAUGUUUGGCUGGAGGGUGAUGCCGAGGAUCCGAAAACGACGAUAGAUAGCAAUACAUACGGACCUGUCAGUAUUUCUCUGAUUUCGGGGCGAGUGCUUGCGGUUCUGGGGCCUCGCUGGCGGUGGUUGAAUUGGAGGGACUGGGACGAAGAUAAGCCUGAGUAUACUUAUCGGAAGAGUGUUCGGGAUCGGGUUGUCAAGAAUGCUGUGGUUCUGGGGGAACCUGAGCUGGGUAGAAAAUUCUAA